UGCGACGAGCUGGACGCACCUCUAGUCUUUUGAUAAAGGAUUCUUGUGAAGGCAGACAUGGAGGAGCUGAGCGCCGUGGGAGAGCAGGUUUUUGAUGCGGAAUGCAUUUUAAACAAACGGCUGAGAAAGGGAAAGUUGGAGUUUCUCGUGAAGUGGAGGGGAUGGUCUUCCAAACACAACAGCUGGGAGCCCCAGGAAAACAUCCUUGACCCAAGACUGUUGGCUGCAUUCAACAAAAAAGAGCAAGAAAAAGAGCUGCUAAUGCGCAAGAAAGGGAAAAGGCCAAGGGGACGACCACGGAAAAUCCUGGAAAAUGUGCCUGAAGCUCCAAAGUCAAGCAGCUCUUCAUCUGCCUCAUCAUCAGCAUCCUCCGAUUCCUCCUCGUGCUCCUCCUCUUCAUCCUCGUCAGACGAUGAUGAUGAUGAUGAUGACGACAACGGCCACGCUAAACAGGCAACCCCGGGUGUCAGAACACGAGAUCUUCACCCUGUUCCUCAGAAGAAGGCUCAGAUUGUUGUCGCAAAACAAGAGCCCCCAAAGAAGCGAAGCAGGAAACCUCAGUCCACUGAAGCAAAGGAAUUUCCACAGAACAAGGGCCCUCGCAAAAUCCUGAAGUCGUCCAAAGAUACUGAUCUUCCAGGGGCAAUCAAGAAGCCCGUUCACCCAGCGAGCUUCACCUUCAUGGGUUUCCACCGGGGCUCGCCUCGGGAUACAGUGGGUGGUCCGAACAGCUGCCCUCUGACCCAGGUCGGGGCUGUUAAAAACUCUGUGAGCUCCGUGGGAUCUUGCAGGUCAGUCCAGCCUGCCUCCCUCUCCCUGAACAAAUCCAGCCAGAGCAGGAAUGUUGCUGAGGGUAAACUGUCCAUCUCCAGUAUGAGCAGUGGGACAAGUCUGGAUUUGAAAGCAGCUACUAGUAAAUCAAAAGGGGUAGCCGCGUUGAAUUUGAAUGCAUCCAAACACCUCGUUCAAGGAACCACUCAGCAUACACUAAGCUCCCCCAAUGGACAAAAGAAACCCCAGGCCCCUGUGUCAACAAUGCAACGGAUACCCAAUACUAAAGCAGUGGCUUCCUUACCAUCGAAAAAUGCCUCCUCCAAUGAAGGUGCUGGCCCUCCGCCAAUCAACCUUCAGAACAAACUGGUGCAAAGCAACGAUGGUUCUGGAAAUGGCACUACUCCAGCGUCAGGCCUGAGAAAUGCAACAAACCCAGCAAGGAAAAACACCGUCUCCCAGAAUCAGGAAUGUAAUUUGCCUAAGAGUCCAGCGACCCCUGGGCGACUUCAGGCCAGAAAGGGCCAGUCUGGAGUAGACAAGGCCAGGGAGGCAAUGGAAAUCCAGAACCCUAGAGUCCAAGGCAGGUCGGACAAGAGCAGUGUGCAGAAAUCCUCCACAGAGGUCCAGAGCCAGCAAGAGAGAUCGGCCUCCAAAGACAAGAAAGCCAAAAUGAAUGACAUGAGCACAGGCGAAGAGGAGAGCAGCUCAGACUCCGACCAGGAUCCUUCCUACGUUGGACAGGAUCGCUCUGUGACGGUCCAGAACCAGGACUGGAAGCCCACACGUAGUCUGAUAGAACAUGUGUUUGUAACGGAUGUCACUGCUAAUCUAGUUACUGUCACAGUCAAGGAGUCGCCGACCAGUGUGGGCUUCUUCAGCAUUCGCAACUACUGACAGGACUCCAGACACUGCAAACCAGAUGGGCUUCGAAGCUAACGGGGGGGUUUGGGUUCUGAAGGAAUUAGAUAAAACCUCUGGCUGGAGAAUUCCUGAGGAAUGCAUCAUCGGCGGUCAAUUUGCCCUUCAUCUUCUUUUAGGAAAAGACCAGUUUUUAAGUUUAAAAACAAAAGAUAACAAAAAGAAGAGAACACCAGUUUUUUUUGAUUGUGAUUAUUUAUUUGCUCAUGUCUACAAAUUGUUCAAGAAACGGCAGCAGAGGAAGGACAAUGCCCACCGAGGUGCAAGAGGCUGUGUUUUGGUCUAGUCUGAUGAAACUAAUCUUUUUGGUUUCAGUGAGUCCAAACUUGCGUCGUAACUGGGGUCCUGGAGAAAAACGUAUUAAUUCAUCAUUCAUGCCCCAUGUAAGUUCCCGGUAGGAUCAUUCAUGUUGAUCUCGUCUGUGUUUUCUCUUGAUGAGAUCUCUUUUGUUCAUAAUAUACACCACAGCAGAUAAGAGGAAUGUCUUCAUGAUGAAAGGGUGGGCAUGAGCAGGACGCGUAGCUUCUUUUACGGGGAGGAGACAUUUAGUUAAUUUGUCAGUGUUGUAUAUCCAUAUCAAUCAAUUGCUAAUGUAAACCAGAUUUUUUAUUUUUAGUAUAGCAUUGUUUAUUUUUUUAACAUUUCAUAAGUUAGCUACCUCGUUCCUUCGACGUUUGCUGCAAAUGUACAUUAACUUCUCGGGGGAUAGGAAAGCCUUUCCUUCCAGGAUAUACCAUCAUUGUGUCCAUAUAAUUUGUAUUCAAAUAGCUCUAAAUGUAAUAUGACUCUCAUGCUGUAUAAACUUGUGUCAGGACCAGCUCCAGCAGCAGACAAUGGCUUUGUAUUUGGUGUAAUUAAAAGCUCCAUCAGAUCAGCCUCUGAGUUCCAGCCGGUGUUGAACUGUGCACACCAUUAUCGUCUCAAAAAGAAGUUUCAUUCCACAGUACAGCCAGUUUAUCAGCACGGUUUCUCCAACCAGGCUGAAACAUGUGGGCAGUCAGAUACAGUAUCUUAGUGUUCAGAUAAGACUCAGCCUGAGGUUUUCUCAGGCUUCUUCUGGACUUAAUUCAACAGCAACUCUACUCUUCUCCGACUUGUAAUUAAUAUUGACAAACACCCAGGAAUAGAUGCUUGUGUUGACAUGACGGGAUGAUCUCGGUCAGUACACCUGACGACGCCGCUCUCUCAGUCUGUUGGAGCUUUCCCAUGAGCCUUUGAGACGAGGCAACUGCUUUGAAACCACUGUGGGAAACGGUUGGGUGUGGACAAAGCUUGACAAUAAACUGCUCCGCAUUGUUUGUUGCCGACCACAAAAACACCAGAUGUCAUCGGGUCGGUUGCUGCUGGUGUUUUAAAAUGUCGAGGACUGAAAUACCAGAUACGUUUUUGUUUUCUUGUUUUUCUUUUCCUUGCAGCUGCAGACGUCUCAUUUUCACCUGCCUGCAUGGGUUCAGGAGCUGCAGGCCCGGCCUCCCAGAAAAAAAAAUAGAUCUUUAUCUGAUGUAACGGAAAAGAAACCACAACAAUGUGCGCUACUUUCUGCUCCCUUGAGAGGAGUUCAGCAACAAAGCACUUCGACUGAACUCUUCUGUCUAAUCCUGCUCUGCAGAGUGUGCCUUUCUUUCUCUCAAAGACUAAACACAAAGGCAUUGCCCCAAAGAUAGCUAGAAUUUCAGGUUGUUCAAUAAGAGUACCCGUAGAUGGCAUAGAGACUGCAUCAUUUUCAUGUUCUUGUCUGUAUUGUUUUGAAACAGGAAAAAAAGUAGACAAACACAACACAAAUGUAUGGAACAGAUACAUAUUUGACGCCUUAAUGAAGCAACAGAUUAAAGUUAUUGAAGUACUUUCCAUUCAGGACCAGCUGAAAACAAUGUGUAAAUUCUCUUGUCAAUAUAGUUUCAGCAUAUAUUUCUUUAAAGUCAAAAACAUGCAUCGGGCAGUAGAGUAGAUACAGUUUAGUCUAGGCGCAGUCACAAUGUCACUUAUCACUACCAUGGUAUAGGCUAUGGGGUAGCGCACAGUGUUUAUAUGAGAAUGUUUUUAGUUUUUUUUUUUAUUGUAUCUGCUUAUCUUAAUGAAAAGCACAAACGUGGCAUAAGUAGGUUUGCAGUUGUGAUCUUUUGUUUUAUUUUAGAUCUACUAACCAUCUCAAUGGUAUGUUCUCUUUAUAAUCUAUUUAUUUCAAAUGUAAGAGCCUUUCAGGGUAGGACGGUGUCAUCAAUCCUUGUAUUGUGCCACUUGUCAAAUUGACUAAUAAAUACAACAAUAAGUACAACCUUA